AUGACCUACUGGGCCCAGUCGCCAAGUCUCGUGACUCAGCAUCGCCCAGACACAAGGUUCAUUUGGAACCAGGCCAACGAUGCGCUGUACUCGGAGAUACACCUUUCUCCUGGUAUCUCUACGCUACUCGGCAUCCUGCUCAAUAUUUCUGGCAGACCCUUGACCUCCAUCAUUGGCAAUGGUCUGCUGCUUGGGUCAGCCAUCUCGCUGUGCCACUCGCUUGGCCUGAACCGAGAUUCGUCUGACUGGGACGUGCCCGAGGCUGAGAAGCUCCUACGCACCAAAAUCUGGUGGGCAAUAUUUGUGUAUGACAAAUGGUCGAGCCUGGCAUAUGGCACUCCGCCGCAGCUGCGAAGCGGCCAGUAUGAUGUGUUAAUCCCAACAGUACAGCAGCUCUGCGGCCCCGCGGCUAACCCGGUUGACUACGAAGCAACGUCGGUGUACCUAGCUUUCGUCUCUUUGUCUCGGUUCCUCGACCGGUACUUGGAGCAUAUUUACGACCUUGAGAAGACGUUGUCAACCGGCCCAUGUGACUUGGAAGUUUUACUGACACAGUGGGAAGACUCGCUCGAUCUCAACCUCAGGCGAAGGAUCAUCCGCGGCGGUGACAGUCUUGACAUUCCUGGUUCAGCGAAUCUCCGCUUGGCAUACCUUUACAUCAAGCUGCUCCUCCGCAAGUGGGAUUUGGACGCAGAAAAAGCAGUCAACGCCGACCGCCCGUCCUCAAUCCCCAUGAGAUGCUACCUCGAAGUCCGACGGGCCGCUGAAGAGAUUGUGCUCCUGGCCCAGGAGCUGAAAGACCCUCAGCUAGGGGACUACUGGCUUCCUCUUCUCACGUUCGCAUUCACCUCCACCAUCAAGUUCCUUAUUCGAUGCGCGCUGGAGACGGAGAACACCAUGAGCGGAAUAGCUCAGAGCAUGUCGCUCAAGCUGGCGGGCGACCUCAUCAGCGCGCUGCAGUCACAUCGUCAGAAAGCCUGGGAUUUGGGGGAUCUGUGUAUCGCUCAGUACUCUGAGGUCAUCGAAAAGCUGGCCUUGUCCACCUCCAGCGCCAACCUUGCGGAGCAGCCGGUCGACAUGCCCGAUUUGCAAGAGUAUGUGUCAACGAGCGUGCCGGACAUCGAUGAGCUGUUUCCGAGUUUAUGGGACAUGUUCGGCACUACUUAA